AUGCCCAGCCGGACACCACUCGCAAAAAUUGAAUGGACAAGUUUGCUGCCUCUCUCACCAGAAAAAUCGGAGAAGACCAUUGACAACAAUGAGGAAAUCGAGACGGUUCGUAUGGCAGCCGGCAAAGAAUAUGAUCUCCAACCUGGCUGUUCGCACCUCGGUGUCUACAAAACCGUUCGCAAGCUACCGAUCGACGACGACUCGCACAGUAUGGGCAUCGGAACAAAUAUAUUGUCAAAAAUUGAGAAGAACAAAACCUCCGAUGGUCUCACGAUUCCACUCACUCACAAUGAUCAGACUAAAUCAUCUAGUUGCUGUUCUGCAGGUAACUAUUCCCAAAUUUUUUUUCUUAAAAUUAUGAUUCCAGAAAGUCUCAAAAACUUUUUCCGAACGGUUAUGCGAGAUUGGAUCUUUCUGGCUCUCCUCGGAUUCAUUAUGGCAGCUCUUUCGUUUGGCAUGGAUUAUGCAAUAUUGAAUUUACAGAAUGGUCAAAUGCGUCUGUUCGAUCUAGUAUAUCAGUAUCACUUCACGUUAGGAUAUCUGAUUUGGGUUGGAUAUGUGGUUGCUCUCAUCGUCUUAUCCGCCGUCUGUGCUCAUUACAUUGCUCCGCAGGCGAUUGGCUCGGGAAUACCAGAAAUGAAAACUAUUCUGAGAGGAGUGAUUCUGAAGGAAUACCUAUCUAUUAGGACACUUGUUUCCAAGAUGAUAGGACUCACUCUAUCGCUUGGAAGUGGAUUACCAAUGGGAAAAGAAGGACCGUUUGUGCAUGUCGCUUCAGUCGUAGCAUCUCAGUUAACCAAGCUGGUGCAUGGAUCCAACGGAGGAGUAUUUGAGAACGAAUCUCGGAGCGGAGAGAUGCUGGCAGCUGGAUGUGCCGUUGGAGUUGCAUGUACAUUCUCGGCGCCCAUUGGAGGUGUUUUGUUCUCUAUUGAAGUCACUUCUGUGUAUUUCGCUGUCCGAAACUAUUGGCGUGGAUUCUUUGCAGCCACCUGCUCAGCAACUAUAUUCCGGAUUCUUCGAAUGUUCUCGGUAUCAGCUGCAGUAACUGUUGAGGCUCAUUACCAAACAAAUUUUCCUCCUCAAAAUGUUUUUCUUCCUCAAGAACUUCCUGUUUUUGCUCUUAUUGGAUUAAUAUGUGGUCUUGCUGGAUCUCUAUUCGUUUAUCUUCAUCGAAGAACAGUUCUUUUUCUUCGGAGAAAUGCAAUUGCAAAGAUGAUUUUUCAAAAAUACUGGUUACUGUACCCAAUUUUCAUCGCAACGUUCAUCUCAUCUCUUUCAUUUCCGUUAGGAUUGGGACGUCUUAUGGGUGGAAAGGAACGGUUCAGUCACACAAUGAAAGAGUUCUUCGUCAACUGCGCAUGGACUGCUUCUUCGAACAAUUCCUAUGCAUGUUCUAACGCGAAUCUGUCAACAGACUCUUUUGAUAUAAACCACUGGGUUGGAAUGAUAGACAACACCGACCACAGAACAUACUCUCCGUUCUUGACGCUCGCUAUCUUUCAGUUUGUUUAUGUAUGUUUUUUUAAAAAUAUUUUACCAUUUUUAACCGAAAAGUUUCAGUUCUUCCUCUCAAUCCUGGCUUCUACCUUACCAGUUCCUUCUGGAAUUUUCAUGCCAGUUUUUGUUCUGGGCGCUGCUUUUGGACGACUAGUCGGCGAAGGCGUUUUCACAAUGUAUCCAGAUGGAUAUGUCAGUGGGGAUAUCAUAUUUUUCAUUCGACCUGGAGUUUAUGCAGUUGUUGGAGCUGCUGCGUUUUGUGGAGCUGUCACUCAUACAGUUUCUGUCGCUGUUAUUGUCUUUGAAAUUACAGGACAGUUGUGUCAUCUUUUGCCAGUUAUGAUUGCGGUGCUCAUUGCCAACGCAGUAGCUUCAUAUCUGCAGCCUUCCAUUUAUGACAGCAUCAUUCGAAUCAAGAACUUACCAUACCUACCUGAUAUUCCGCAUACAACAUCUUUGUAUCAUCAAAUGCUAAUUGAACAGUUUAUGAUUUCGCCUGUCGUGUUUAUUGCAAAAGACUCAACUCUUGGAGAUGUCAAAAGAGCCUUGGAAACAAAAAGUAGAAUUCGAGCGUUCCCGCUAGUGGAAAAUAUAGAAUCCCUGGCGUUGGUCGGUUCCAUUAGCCGAGGACAGUUACAGCGAUAUGUCGAUGCACAUAUCGGCACGAAAGCGAGAUUCGCCGAAGCCACACGAAGAGUCAAACAGCGUCUAGAAGAUGAGGAAAGUGACAGGAGGAAGAAAGAAGAAAGCAGGUCUGAUGAGACUGCCGAGAGUUUGGCAUCAAAGGGAGCAGGAGAAAGAAGAGCUAGUCGAUUCCUGGUCGUUCCUGUUGCGAAAAAUGGUCCUCAAGUGUCAAAGAAUGAGACGUUAAGCGGCUUGAGUGACGAGAAUGCCAGAAAAAUUCUCACUGUGGAAGAGAAAAGAGCUUUGUUUGAUGCAGCAGUGCCGAAAGGAGAAAUGAAUGGAAGGACUGUGAAUCCGGGUCAAAUUGAAUCUCAUCACACUAUUGGAGAUAUCUUCCGAUCAAUCACGCAUCUCAGUUUUGGACGGCAAAACUUCCCAAAGAAAAGUAAUCACAACGAAUUCGACUUGUAUGCGCAAGAGCGUGCUGAAUGGGAGGAAUCCAUACUCAACCAGAAACUUGACCUAAUGCAAUUGGACGUCGACUCAACACCAUUCCAACUCAGCGAAUACACAAGUCUCUUGAAGGUUUUGAUCUCUUGCGCACAUUCUCUCUUCUCACUUCUUGGCCUCAAUCGGGCGUAUGUGACGAAAAAAGGGCAGUUGAUUGGCGUUGUGGCGCUUAAAGAGCUGCGCUUCGCAAUGGAAUAUCUUCAAGCAGGAAAAGUACCAACACCAGGAGUGAGCAUAUUUAUUGAUACCUCUGCCGACCAGUCAACAUUUGAAAAGAGUGCAAGAUUGGAAUCAGGAAUGGAAUCUCAGAAUCCUGCAUUCCUAACCGAUAACGGGGAAGAAGAUGCGAACGAGGAUUAUAUUCAACCACCCCUAGAAGUGGUUCGACGUGGGGCAUUAACCCCGAAUCAACUGAGCGAAUUGCACAGAGUGGAGAAUGUUCGAACGACUCCAGACUCUCCACAUUUCGAUGUUAGCUCUCCUUCAACAAGUUCCUCGUGUAUAAGUAUAGACCUGUCUCCUUUGGACACAACGAAUUCUGAAAAUGAAAGUGUGGGAGGACUGGUUUUGAAUGUUCCUACACUACCACAACGGGCAAGAUCAGCAGCAGAACUCGGUCGACGGAAUCCACAUGUACAAAUUAACUUACCUGACGACGACGUUCACAACGAGAAAUUCUGA